AUGGCGACCCUAGUGACAACCAGCGUCGAUGUUGAUCAUGCAAAGACCACACGUGCAUUGACCUACAUCACGUCUAGAAGCGUGCCCACAGCCGAGAACGAGCUGAAAGCCGCGAUAGGACGAUAUGCUUCGGCAAACCCAGGCUCCAAGGCCGCUCACCUAGCAGCCGCAGAGUUGAUGCCUGGAGGCAACACGCGGUCGGUUCUGUACAACGACCCUUUUCCCAUUUGCAUGGAAAGAGGCCAAGACCACUCUUUGUGGGAUGUUGAUGGCCACAAAUACCUGGACCUGGUGGGCGAGAUGACUGCUGGCCUCUAUGGACACUCUAAUGAAGUUCUUCAAGAGACAAUGGCAUCGACCUUCAAUAAGACCGGAAUGAGUCUCGGCGCUCAUCAUCUGGAGGAGCAAAAGCUGGCCACGAUCAUUCGCGAACGAUUCCCGCUCAUCGAACACUUGAGGUUCUGCAAUUCGGGAACGGAGGCGAAUUUGUACGCACUUAGCAUCGCUCGCAAAGUCACAGGCAAGCGGAAAGUGAUUGCCUUCAGAGGGGGCUACCACGGUGGCGUGCUUGGUUUCGCUCACGGCGUCGGCGCCAACAAUGUCGACUCUGCUGACUGGCUGGUCGCAACCUACAAUGACAUAGCCCAGCUUCGUGCCAUGUUUAGUAGCAACGAGGAUGUCGCUGCUGUCAUUGUUGAGGCGAUGCAGGGCGCAGGCGGGUGCCUUCCGGGAGAAAUUGAAUUUCUCCAGGCGAUUGAGGAGUUGGCGUCGAAGCACAAUGCAAUUUUCAUACUUGAUGAAGUCAUGACAUCACGGCUUCAUCCUGCAGGUCUGCAAGGCAAGUACGGGCUUCGACCAGACUUAACAACUCUGGGUAAGUACAUGGGUGGAGGGUUUGCCUUUGGUGCAUUUGGUGGACGGAGGGACUUGCUCGUCUCGUAUGAUCCUCGCCAAUCGCUGUCCCUCCCGCACUCUGGUACUUUCAACAACAGCACUUUGACAAUGGCGACCAACCUGAAUCUUAACGCGCUCGGCGAUGACCUUAGAGAACGCCUACAAGCUGUGUCCGGGGGGACCAAGAUGGUCAUCACUGGUGUGGGCGCGGUGAUGACAAUCCAUUUCCUCGAGAACGGAAAGAUACCUGUGCGCAGUGACGAUAUCGACAAAUUUUCGAAUGCAAAUCUGAAGAAGCUAUUCUGGUUCUGGUGUAUCGAGCGGGGAUUCUGGAUUGCUGAGCGAGGUCUGGUCAGCCUCUUGCUCCAGACAACCGAGAAGGAUGUCAGCACGUUCGUCAAUGCUGUAGAGGGGUUCAUCAGUCGUCAUCGGAUACUCUUAGAGCCUUGA